CUGUCCCUGGGCUCCAGCCUCUGGGCCACCUCCGAGGCGGAGCUUGGCUGUACCCACGUGUGGUGGAGUUAAAUACUCAGAGCCUACACCCGCUGGGCAGAGAAACAAGCAGCAGCAUGGCUGGAAAGAAAGUCUGUAUUGUCGGCUCCGGCAACUGGGGUUCAGCCAUUGCCAAGAUCGUGGGUAGCAAUGCAGCCAGGCUGGCACACUUUGACCCACGAGUGACCAUGUGGGUGUUUGAGGAAGACAUCGGGGGCAGAAAGCUAACAGAGAUAAUCAACACGCAGCACGAGAACGUCAAAUACCUGCCGGGGCACAAGCUGCCCCUCAAUGUGGUGGCUGUUCCAGAUGUGGCCCAGGCUGCCGAAGGUGCUGACAUCCUGAUCUUCGUGGUGCCCCAUCAGUUCAUUGGCAAGAUCUGUGACCAGCUCAAGGGCCACUUGAAGGCCAACACCAUCGGCAUAUCGCUUAUCAAGGGGGUAGAUGAGGGCCCCAACGGGCUGAAGCUCAUCUCUGAAGUGAUUUCGGAGAGCCUGGGCAUCCCCGUGAGCGUGCUGAUGGGGGCCAACAUUGCCAGCGAGGUGGCCGACGAGAAGUUCUGUGAGACAACCAUUGGCUGCAAGGACCCAGCCCAGGGACAGCUCCUGAAGGAGCUGAUGCAGACGCCCAACUUCCGCAUCACUGUGGUACAAGAGGUGGACACGGUGGAGAUCUGUGGGGCUUUGAAGAACAUAGUGGCCGUUGGGGCCGGCUUCUGUGACGGGCUUGGCUUCGGUGACAACACCAAGGCGGCUGUGAUCCGGCUGGGGCUCAUGGAGAUGAUCGCCUUCGCCAAGCUCUUCUGCAGAGGCUCGGUGUCCUCUGCCACCUUCCUGGAGAGCUGCGGGGUCGCCGACCUCAUCACCACCUGCUACGGGGGGCGCAACCGCAAGGUGGCGGAGGCCUUCGCCCGCACUGGAAAGUCCAUUGAGCAGCUGGAGAAAGAGAUGCUGAAUGGACAGAAGCUGCAGGGGCCACAGACAGCCCGGGAGCUACACAGCAUCCUCCAGCACAAGGGCCUCGUGGACAAGUUUCCCUUGUUCACUGCCGUGUACAAAGUGUGCUAUGAGGGCCAGCCCGUGGGUGAGUUCAUCCGCUGCCUGCAGAACCACCCGGAGCACAUGUGAGUGGGGCCGGCGCCCAGGACAGGCAGCUCCUUUGUUCCAGCGGAGACGAGCCGGAGCGUGCCACAGCUGUCAUCAGGACAGUCUCCAGGACUCCCCAUUCAUCUGAGUCCUCACCGAAGGACACUGAGGACGGGAGGCCGGGCCUCAGCUGCACACCUGGGGAUGCGGAAUGGCUGCCAGAGCCUGCACGCUUUCUCACUGUCCUCUGGGAAGUGCAGAACCAAGCUGCCUGCCCGGGAGGGGGGGGGGGGGGUGCCAGGUCAAGGGCCGCUGGUUGCUGCCUCACGCACACUGGGAAUAUAUCCCAAGCCCAGUUGUUAAGUGACCGAAGAAGUACUUUAGCCACAGGCAGGCUGAGGCAAAGGCUGCCAAGGAGAGGGUCUGGAUGCCUGGGCUGACAGACCCCAGAGACCCCUUGGCCGACCUCUGCUAGGGCCCCGGGCAGCGUCAAUGAUCUCAGUGUUUGUUAACAGAAUACAAAGGUCUCAAACAACUUCUAACUUCUCCUAGCAACAUUUGAGUCCUCAGAAGCCUCUGCUCUUUCUGCCGGCCCCUCCCCCAGGCUGCUCUGGGACAAGAGUUGCCCGACACUGGCAUCUCUGGCCCCAGGGCUCGCCAUUCUCCCCACCGACUUCCUGGUUCCUAGAGCUUUGCCAGCGCCUCCCCACCCUGUGUGACCUUUCCGAGCGUUCCCUCGCCUGAGCCAGGCUGCCAGCACCCUCUUUGGAGAGCAGGAACUUAAUCUGCUGACAGAGCCACACUUUUUCAGAGCAGGCUCAGGUUGUCCAGGCUCCCUGACCUUCUCUCUGUCCCUCCUCCCCUGGUCAAAGCUCUGCUGGGGGAGAAUCAGCCUGACCCUCCUGCCGGGCAUCCCGACCCUGUGCCUUCUGCCCAGGGUCCUCCCCACAAGGCUGCUUCUCUCUGGAGUCAUCAUCAGCCCCUUCGUCCUCUAUUUUUGACUCCACUCUGUCCUCUUGCCCAACCCAGAACCUGUUUCAGCUGUUCUCCAGCAGCCAGGAGUGCUAAGGAGCGGCUCAAAGGUUCAGUAAGCUUCUGCAGGGGUCGGUGGGCCUCGAGCGUCCAAGGGCAGCUCUCCUUGGAAUGAGGUCCCCAUGAGAUCCUGACCCCACGCAUCAGGAGCUGGGAAACAGCCUGUCCUGGGGGGAGGGAAGAGCGGAAGGGGGAUGGGACGUGUGCUUUGCACUGGCCUUUUUCCAAGGCUGGGUGGCUGCAGGAGAAUGUCACAGAUCAGCAGCUUGGAGCCCUAGCUAUAAAUAGUCCCCAGGAGCUGAGGUUUCUGCCUCCACUAGGGGUCUCCAUGGGUGGCAGCAGUUGGCACACGGUGGCUCUGGCCAGCUCGAUGUCGAACUAACACACUAAGGUACCAGGCCCCUCUCUGCUCCUAGCCUUUAAGAACUCAGUCUUCCCAAUGAAGGUCAGAGCUGUUGGGUAAGGUGAAGAGGGGGAGCUGGGCAGGAACGCUCCCACGCAUUGACUCAAUUCAGAGCUGUCGCCCAGGAGGCUGGGCUGGGGUGCAGAGAGAUUCCGACACCGACACCUAUGUUUGCUCAGUCAGUCAACUGUGAAUCGGAGGCCUUCCGCUGGUCUACCCAAUAAAGUGUGGUUUUUCCAGAAA